AUGCGAGGCGGGCUGAGGAUAGCGGCUCUAUUUUUAGCGAUAGCCAUCGUGCCCAGCCUCGGCUAUCAGCUGACGAUUCAGUUGAAGUCGCUGUCGCUGACCGGGAACCUGGCCGAUGGGAAGCCGUGCUCUCAACUGUCGGCGUUUGGGAUAAAAUGCUAUCCGCUGGUUGCGAUUUGCGUUCAGACGGCGACGGAUGAAACUAACGACCCUUCGACAUGCCAGGGCGAUGAUUCGGCUUGGUUCGACCUUGGGGUUACGCCAGCUACAAAUGAUAUCACUUGGGGCCCUGGAUUUAUCAAGGGGUGGUUCAACCCCCCAAACGCUGAAGAUGCCCGGCAAUUUUCCGAGCAGUCCUUACUUCGUGAAGCUACGCGUGCAGCAUUAUUACGGAACUACGACGAAUUCAAACCGGAUGAGGAGGGUGGGACCGUCGCUACUGUAGAACUGAAGGACAUAGACAAUGGCGGUCAAAUUAAAAGCUUCAUCUUCCAAUGGACGUACGAUGGAAUUAGCGGACCGACCACGGCGCCUCCUUCGACAGCUUCGGCCCAGACGACGACAGGUGCACCGCAGCAGAGCUCCACACCAGCUGGCUCUACUCCAACUGCAGGGCCUACGCAGAGUACGGCAAGCCAGCCAAGCGGGUCAACUGGAAGUCCCACCACAAAGCAAGCAAAUGACGCGACGACAUCGCCAGUAUCAGCAGGACCAACGACUUCCGGAGGUGGUGAUGGCGUUAGCAGCACUACGACAAGUGGGGCUCAAUCUAGCCCCUCUACUUCUGAUGCUAAGUCGACUGCAACAGCCUCGCCGGGGAGUACGAAAGACCCUAAUGGAGACGGCAUCUUCUUCGAA